AUGAGACCUUUGACUGAAGACGAGACGAAAGCAGUAUUCGAGAAACUCGCAAAUUAUAUUGGAAAGAACCUUGUCCAUUUAAUAGAUAGAGAUGAAGAUGAUGCUUAUUGUUUCAGACUACACAAAGACAGAGUCUACUAUCUACCUUUACCAAUGUUACAUUUAGCUACCUCUGUAGCGAGACCAAAUUUAGUUUCUUUAGGUACAUGUUUUGGUAAAUUUUCUAAAACUGGUAAAUUCAAACUUGGUAUAACUAGUUUAGAUUGGUUAGCGAAAUAUGCCAAAUACAAGAUCUGGAUAAAACCUUCAGGAGAAUUACCUUUCCUGUAUGGAAAUCACGUUGCCAAAGCUCAUUUGGGUAGGAUAACAGAAGAUACACCUGAACAUCAAGGUGUAGUAGUGUAUAAUAUGGCUGAUGUACCGUUGGGAUUCGGUGUAACAGCAAGAUCAACUAUCGAUACAAGAAAAUUAGAUCCAACAGGUAUAAUAGUGUUUCAUCAAGCUGAUGUAGGAGAGUUCUUAAGAGAUGAAGAUACGAUGUUUUAG